AUGAUCGUGAACUCAACAAGCACGACGCCUGAAUUCCAGGCCAACUUCUCGGACCCCUCCUCGGGUUUGGGCUUCGAACUCUUGACAACAGCUGGCUCCAUCAUCUCCAACCACACGAACACUACAUGGCUCUCGGCCGCAGAGGUAGAGCAUUUCCUUGGCGACCCGGAUGUCAUGCAUGCCAUCGGACUGAUUCUAGGAACGGGAGCCAUCGUUUGGGGCAAGAGGCUGCCGCACAUGUUGGCUGCCGUAGCAUCGACAAGCCUUGGUCUUUGGAUUGGACUGGUGGCUCAGGACAGGCAGCACUUCCAGAAGCCUGUCUGGGGAAUGGAACUUCCAGAAGGACAGUGGUUCCCUUGGGCAGCGGGUAUUGCCGCCGGAGCCGCAGCCGCGAUCCUGAGCUACUUCACCUGGAAGCUGGCCUUGGCAUUGCUGACGGGUGGUUUAGUGACUCUGCUCGCCCUCGCCGCCUGCCGCUUGGCAAAUGUGUCGCCCGAGAAAGUCUUCGAGUUGGGAUCGAGCUUGCUGUCCUCGUACCGACUGAUUGGUGCUGUGGUGCUGACUCUGUCAGUCAUUGCGUUUUUCUUUACCGUCCGGAAGUGCCACGCGCAGAUGUCUGAAUUCGCAUCAGCGCAGCUGGGCACUCUCCUGCUGCUUUCAGCCGUUUCGCACUUCGCCGCGCGAGUUGGAGCAGAGGCUCCAUUCUCCUUGCUGGAUGACUUGGCACGGAUGGUUGCAGAGGUCCGUGCAGGCAACUGUCAUUUGUGGGAGACAGACGAGUCGCAGGAUGCAGGCCUGGCCGGUUGCGACUGUGGAGAGAAAUGUCGCACUGAGAUCGCCGCAUGGCUUGUGAGCUCGGCAACAGUUCUGCUGAGCAGAUGUUUGCUGCGAUGGCACCGUUCACGCAAGGCCGACAAGCCCACUCAGGAGGAGACUGCACCUUUGGCAAGAGAGGGCCAGACGGGGCCAAGUCCGUCGCCCCAGGUGCUUGGCGCUACAUCGCCGGAAGCAUAG